CGUCAUUUACAGUCUUCAAUCAUCUUCUCAUAAACCCUCAGAGACUAUCUCAAUCCCAUUUCUUGAUCGGCUCACGCAGUGCACUGUCUGUCUGUUUGUUUACACACGUAAUUUCCAGAAAGAGAGAGAGGAAGCAUGUUCGCUCUUUCCAAGGUUUUGCGGAGAAGUCAGAGACUCCGUUUGGGAGCUUGUUCUUCUUCUGCUGUGUAUUCUAAAGAUAUACUCCAAUCCGGAGGAGGAGGAGAAAGGACCUUCUUCACUCUUCAACCCUCUUCUAUUGUUGUUUCUUGUAACCGUGAAGCAGCUCUGCCACGAUUUGACGAGAUCUCCUCUUUCACUCAACGUGCUCUUUCCUCCAGUGCUGGCACUAAAAGUGAUCAAGAAGAGGAGUAUGACGACGACCUCGAAGACGGUUUCUCUGAACUCGGAAGUCCUAUAUCAGGCCAAAAUACAAGUAGCGAUGAUGAUGAUGAGGUGGCCCCUGAGGGAAAGCUCUCCGCUGAUGAAGAUGACAGUGAAGAAGAAGAACUUGAACUUGACCUCACUGAAACUGAGGAUAGUAAAAAGACUGUAGAAUAUAAACCAUCUGAGCUUUUUAAGACCAUUGUCUCCGCACCAGGUCUCUCUAUUGGUAGUGCACUUGACAAAUGGGUUGAAGCUGGUAAUGAUAUCACCCGUGUUGAGGUUGCUAAGGCUAUGCUUCAGCUCCGCAAACGUCGCAUGUUUGGUAGAGCUUUACAGAUGUCAGAGUGGUUGGAAGCAAAUAAGAAAAUUGAAAUGAACGAGAGAGAUUAUGCUUCUCGGUUAGAUCUCACAGUUAAGAUCCGUGGCUUAGAAAACGGAGAAGCUUACUUGCACAAGAUCCCUAAAUCUUUCCAAGGGGAAGUGAUUUACCGUACCCUAUUGGCCAAUACUGUGGCUGCUUGCAACGUGAAGAAAUCUGAACUUGUCUUCAACAAAAUGAAGGACUUGGGUUUCCCUCUCUCUUCAUUUACUUGUGAUCAGAUGCUUCUCCUCUACAAGAGGGUCGACAGGAAGAAAAUUGCUGAUGUUCUAUUGCUCAUGGAGAAAGAAAACGUCAAGCCCAGUCUUCUCACAUACAAAAUCCUCAUUGACGUCAAAGGUGCAACAAAUGACAUUAGUGGGAUGGAGCAAAUCCUGGAGACAAUGAAAGAUGAAGGUGUUGAAAUGGACUUCCAUACACAAGCUAUCAUUGCUAGACACUAUUCCGGAGCUGGUCUUAAAGACAAAGCCGAGAAAGUCUUGAAAGAGAUGGAAGGUGAAAGCUUAGAGGCAAAUCGUCGUGCAUUCAAAGAUUUGCUCUCCAUUUAUGCCACUCUUAGGAGAGAAGAUGAAGUGGAGAGGAUUUGGAAGAUCUGUGAAUCAAAGCCCCGGUUUGAGGAAUCCCUUGCUGCAAUCAACGCUUUUGGAAAGCUCAAUAAAGUAAAAGAAGCAGAGGCCAUUUUUGAGAAGAUUGUGAAGAUGGACAGGAGAGCUUCUUCUAAUACUUACUCCGUUCUCUUGAGGGUUUACGUAGAUCACAAGAUGCUCUCAGAGGGUAAGGAUCUGGUGAAACGAAUGGCUGAGAGCGGUUGCAGGAUUGAGGCAACGACAUGGGAUGCACUCAUCAAGCUCUAUGUGGAAGCUGGGGAAGUUGAAAAGGCUGAUUCUUUGCUGAUCAAGGCAUCGAAACAGAGCCAUACAAAACUGAUGAUGAACUCCUUCAUGUAUAUCAUGGACGAGUACUCGAAACGAGGAGAUGUUCAUAACACAGAGAAGAUAUUCCAAAGAAUGAGGGAAGCUGGGUAUACAUCUCGGCUUAGGCAGUUCCAAGCCCUCAUGCAGGCUUACAUAAAAGCCAAAGCCCCUGCAUAUGGAAUGCGAGAUAGAAUGAAGGCGGAUAAUAUCUUUCCAAACAAAUCCAUGGCAGCACAGUUGGCUCAAGGUGAUCCAUUUAAGAAGACAGCUAUCUCUGAUAUUCUGGAUUGAGUAGUCUCUCUCCCUUUGCUUUUCUUCUUUGUGCUUGCAAGAAGUAUCCCAUUUGUCCUCCUAACGUUUAGUUUGAGAGAGUAACGUUUAGUUUAAGAAGAGUCUACUUAGUUGCUGUAAUUUUUAAUGUUUAUGUUGGGUUCUUUGGUGAUCAUCAUCACACUUGAGAGACCUUCAAGCCUCAUGAUGACAUUUGGAGUGAUACAUUUAGACCUUCAA